UCCUCUCGAUUACAUGAAAAGCAAGAGAGCACCGAAAGGAACCUCGCGAAGCUGCAGCGAGCGAAGACGAAGGAGAAGAAGGAGGAUCGGAGAAGACGAGAAUGAGCGCGGCGAUCGGCGACGGGAAGGCCGUGUGCGUGACCGGCGCGUCCGGUUACAUCGCCUCGUGGCUCGUCAAGCUCCUCUUGCAGCGCGGCUACACCGUCAAAGCCUCCGUUCGCGAUCCCAAUGAUCCAAAGAAGGUUGAACAUUUACUUGCGCUGGAUGGAGCCAAGGAUAGACUUCGGCUGUUCAAGGCAGACUUGCUGGAAGAGGGUUCAUUCGAUCCUAUUGUCGAGGGCUGUGUAGGCGUAUUUCACACUGCCUCUCCCUUUUAUCACGAUGUCAGGGGUCCGCAGGCAGAAUUACUUGAUCCGGCUGUGAAGGGAACUCUUAAUGUCCUGAAGUCAUGUUCCAAAGCACCUUCUGUGCAGCGUGUGGUCUUGACAUCAUCUAUCGCUGCAGUUGUAUACAAUGGACAACCACGGACACCUGAAGUUGUGGUGGAUGAAAGUUGGUUUUCUGAUCCAGACUUGUGCAGGCAAACCAAUGCGUGGUAUUUGCUUUCCAAGACUUUGGCUGAGGACGCUGCCUGGAAAUUUGUGAAAGAAAAGGGCAUUGACAUGGUUACAAUUAACCCAGCUAUGGUGAUUGGUCCUCUUUUGCAGCCAACACUUAACACAAGCGCUGCGGCGAUCGGAAAUUUGAUAAAUGGUGCACCAACUUUUCCAAAUGCAAGUUUUGGAUGGGUCAAUGUCAAAGACGUUGCAAAUGCUCAUAUACUGGCAUUUGAGGUCCCAUCAGCCAGCGGAAGAUAUUGUUUAGUUGAGAGAAUUGCACACUGCUCCGAGAUCGUGAGGAUCUUACGCGAGCUUUACCCUUCUGUCCAGCUUCCAGAAAAGUCCGCGGACGACAAGCCUUUUGUGCCGAUCUAUCAGGUGUCCAAGGAGAAAGUGAAAAGCUUGGGGAUCGACUGCAUUCCUCUGAAUCAGAGUUUGAAGGAGACUGUUGAAAGCCUGAAGGAGAAGGGUUUUGUUAAGUUAUGAUAGAAAAUUUUCCCAAUUCAGAAAUGUAAUAGGGAGGCUUAUCACCCUACUGCCUGUUCGUUCCCAUGAAGUGUGUUUGCACACGAACAUUGGUGAAGGCAGGAAACCAUAGAUUUUCCUGCUCCUCUGUACUAGUCUUCAUUAUAAAACGAGGAGUGCCGUCGCUGUGUUCUUGCUC